AUGGUUGAUGUACUAGAGAUUCCUGGUUUCUACUAUGAUACUGAGAGAAAACGGUACUUCAAGGUAAGUGAAAAUGCCCUUUCUAGUUCAAACCAAGCGUAUGGACGCGAUGAGAUCAAGAAAAAGUCUGAUGAGCAGCGAAGCGAAACCGAAAGAAUUGCUGCUUCUGAAAUAAGGCGAAACGGAAUAAGGAAUUACGAACUUUCUGUAUCAGACCCGGUCCAUAUGCUGUUUAGUACAGACAAUUGUGAUCUUUUUGAGAUGCAGUCAAGAACAGGAUACAAUGUAGCCAGACAAUUCCAGCAACAAAAUGAAGGAAUAAUACGGAAAGACAACGUUUGGUCAGACGUAACACCAACUUUAGGUUCGGCAGCACAAGUCGCUGUUGCAAUCUGUUGUCUGCCCAAAACAAACGGAUUUCUUGUGGUAACUCAUCGCAUGAAUGUGGUGUACAUGAGAGAGGGCCAAGUUCCCAUAUAUUUAUCUCAGAGUCCAAGCACCGAUGUUUUUGAGCUUGAUUCAUUGAAAAUGCACUCGGGAAAUGGUCAAUUGUGCCUAUUGAUGAAGAUCAAAGAAAAGAAUUGUUACUCUCUUUUCAACGUUCAGCUCAACUCGUCGGAUGUUCCACAGAUUUUCAGCAUUUCAAUAUGCCCCGAACUUAACAGCGAAAUUCGCGAUGCCCUUUUUGUCGGUGCCAAUACGUGUGUGUGGGUGGCUCAAGGCAAUGAGAUUUUGGCUUUGGAUGUACAAGAAGGACGCUCGACUUAUAGACUUUCAACUUCUAAAGGUCGAGCUAAAAGAAGAUCCAGAGAAAGAAGCGACGUAAUGUGUGUGGAGUUUGCUUCUUCUCGGUCUUUAAGCAAUAACAGUCCACCCAUGGGAUGGUCAGGCACGAGAAAUGGUACUUUCUCAAAAAUAUGUCCAUAUCCAACUUUCAGCACUCUUAACAGCAAUUCUGUGGGUGCUUUUGAAGGACUGAGCAUCUUGACAAUCAAAGAACUAGAUGAAUCACAUCUUCUUUUGUCUGGAGUUGAAUCUGAAGAACAAGUUCUGGCUAUCAUCAGUAAAAAUACGUCAAAUGAUCGAGGACAUCAACCACCAAUACUUGCAUUACUGAAAACUCGUGUGCGAAACUUGGUCAAGGAAACAGAGAUCAUGUCUGUAAGUGCUGACGGACGAUUUAUACUAUAUGGACGUCGCAAUAUUGAUUCUGUUCAUGGGGCCCUGGAACUAUUUUCUACCACAGCUAGCGACAAUUUUGUUCGGCAACAAGAGCCGAAAGGAGGACCCGUCAUAUUUCAUCCAAUCAAGACCCUAGCUGAAUUUCUGCCAAUUGACUGGCACAAUUCGUUUAGGAAACUUCUGCAUGCCGAGCUUCAUGAACCAAAGACAGGCGAGUUUUAUUACGGGAACCUUGUUGAGGCGGACGAGAUCCGCGUUGCAAGCUUCACUAACGAUACUGACGUCGCUGGAAUAAACUUUAAAAGCUUCCCCCUCGUUGAAUACUGA